AUUAAUUCGUUUUGCUAUAAGUUGGUGCAAGAACGAAAUGUAGUGCAAAAAACCUAUCAAAAGAGUUACACGAAGCGAGCGAUUUAGAAAAAUCAAAGAGUGUGUAUGUACAUGCACGCAGACUUAUUCAUUCUCAUACGAGUACUUACACAUUUCCAUAUACAUAGAUGCGCACUAGACGGUCUAGCAUCCGUACAUAGUACCUCAGUUGCUAUUAAGACUUGGCCGAAGCAUUCAAACUCUUGUCUAUGGAACUUGGUUGGUAGAGCUGCUUUACUUGAUUCGGAUCCGCUUUAAUAACAUUCAAUGUGGAAAAUUCGAGCAGUAACGUUGCGUCUUCUACUUUCUUAGGCUGCUUUAAUUAUCAUACAUACAUACAUAUAUGCACAUUCACCAACACAUAAGAAGCGAAGCGAUUGUGUUUUAAAAAGUGAUUAUUAACUAUUUGAUCAAGUCUUCAUAGAUUAUCUUGUGAAAACGUCAAAUUUACAUUUGCAUACUUAAUUACUUCUCUACAAUCAGUGCUAGAAAGGGCAUUUUUGGUAGGAUGACAACCAGCUUCACGUCAUAUCGCCGUAGCAAAGUAAAAAGUAAAUCGAACAACGAUAUUUCUUCUGUAGUAGCCGAGGUGAACGGUGUUAGUGGUGAGCUACAUAACUCAUCACAACAUGUCUCUAACGAUGAUCUCUCAGAUUUAGCCGAAAUGAUGGAUAUAAACAUUAAUAAAGAGGAACAAGUAUCGGCUGAGGAUGUAGCUGUUGUACGAAAAGAGCACAACAACCGACGUAGUAUUGUAAGGUAAGCCACAGGUAUCAAAAAAUAUGUUUAAAAUUUAAGAUCCU